AUGGCCCCAGUUUUGUGCUGGCCUGGCCUCUGAGGCUGUGCUGUAAGAGCCCGGAAGAGCAGCAGGAUGGCGGAGAAGGGCAUGGAUCCCGCGUGUGUCUCCAUCGCCCUGGAGGACACGGUGUGCCACGCCGGCCCUCCGGACGCCCCGCUGCUCACCACUCACUUGAAGAAGGUGGAGAACCACAUCACAGAGGCCCAGAGGUUUUCCCACCUCCCGAAGCGCUCGGCUGUCAACAUCGAGUUCAUCGACCUGUCCUACUCUGUGCGGGAGGGAUCCUGGUGGAGGAAGAGAGGGUACAAGACUCUUCUCAAAUGCCUGUCAGGGAAGUUCUGCCAGCGGGAGCUCAUUGGGAUCAUGGGCCCCUCGGGAGCUGGGAAAUCCACACUAAUGAACAUCCUGGCUGGCUACAGGGAGACUGGGAUGAAGGGGCAGAUCCUGGUGAACGGGCGGCCGCGGGACCUGCGCACCUUCCGCAAGAUGUCCUGCUACAUCAUGCAGGAUGACAUGCUCUUGCCACACCUCACCGUGCUCGAGGCCAUGAUGGUCUCUGCUAACCUGAAGCUGAGCGAGAAGCAGGAGGUGAAGAAGGAACUGGUGAAUGAGAUCCUGACAGCCCUGGGGCUGCUGGAGUGCUCGUACACCCGCACCAGCUCCCUGUCAGGGGGGCAGCGCAAGCGCCUGGCCAUCGCCCUGGAGCUGGUCAACAACCCGCCCGUCAUGUUCUUCGAUGAGCCCACCAGCGGUCUGGACAGUGCCUCCUGCUUCCAGGUGGUGUCCCUGAUGCGGUCCCUGGCUCAGGGUGGGCGCACCAUCAUCUGCACCAUCCACCAGCCCAGCGCCAAGCUCUUCGAGAUGUUUGACAAGCUCUACAUCCUGAGCCAGGGCCAGUGCAUCUUCAAGGGCGUCGUGACCAACCUCAUCCCCUACCUGAAGGGCCUCGGCCUCCACUGCCCCACAUACCACAACCCCGCUGAUUUCAUCAUCGAGGUGGCCUCAGGAGAGUACGGGGACCUCAACCCCGUCCUGUUCCGCGCUGUGCAGAACGGGAUGUGCACCAUGGCUGAGAAGAAGAGCAGCCCUGACAAGGCAGAUUCAUCGUGCCCAACGUGUGGGACGGAUGUGGAUCACAUCGAGAGCCACACAUUUGCCACCAGCACCUCAACUCAGUUCUGCAUCCUCUUCAAGAGAACUUUCAUCUGCAUCCUGAGGGACACGGUGCUGACCCACCUGCGGUUCAUGUCCCACAUCUGCAUCGGGGUGCUCAUCGGGCUGCUCUACCUGCACAUCGGCAACGACGCGGGCAAGGUCUUCAACAACACCGGCUUCCUCUUCUUCUCCAUGCUCUUCCUCAUGUUCGCUGCCCUCAUGCCCACCAUCCUCACCUUCCCCCAGGAGAUGACCGUAUUCCUGAGGGAGCACUUGAACUACUGGUACAGCCUCAAAGCCUAUUACCUGGCAAAGACCAUGGCAGAUGUGCCCUUCCAGGUGAUCUGCCCCAUCGCCUACUGCAGCAUCGUGUACUGGAUGACGGGCCAGCCCCCCGAGGCCACGCGCUUCCUGCUCUUCUCUGCCCUGGCCACCGCCACGGCCCUGGUGGCCCAGUCCCUUGGGCUUCUCAUCGGAGCUGCUUCCACUUCCCUGCAGGUGGCCACCUUUGUGGGACCCGUCACUGCCAUCCCCGUGCUGCUCUUCUCGGGCUUCUUCGUCAGCUUCAAGACCAUCCCCACCUACCUGCAGUGGAGCUCCUAUGUCUCCUAUGUCAGGUAUGGCUUCGAGGGAGUCAUCCUCACCAUCUACGCCAUGGAGCGCGAGGACCUGGAGUGCCUCGAGGACUUCUGCCCUUUCCAAAAACCCAUCAAGAUCCUGCAGGAGCUGGAUGUGGAGGAGGCCAAGCUCUACCUGGACUUCCUCAUCCUGGGCAUCUUCUUCGUCAUUCUGAGGCUCCUGGCUUACCUGGUCCUCAGGUACAAGGUGAAAUCUGAGAGAUAA